ACCCUAUAAAAUCAAAAUUGUGAGCUUCUUCUUUGGAAGAACAAAAAUGGCGGUGGAUUUGGUGAUGGGAUAUGGUGGUGGUGGGGAUAAUAGCUUUGCAGGGAAAGUGGAGGAAACAGCUUUGAAAGAAGCUGCAACUGCUGGGAUUCAAGGCGUUGAGGAAUUGAUAAGAUUGAUAUCCAAAGCUCAACAUCUUUAUAAUCAAGAUGAUUCUUUUAAAACUUCUUCUUCUUCUUCUUCUUCUUCUUCAGAUUCGGAGUCAAGUAUUGAGAUCCAAGCCGUUACAGAUAAGACUGUAAAUUCUUUUAAGAAGGUUAUUUCUUUGUUGGGUCGUCCCAGAACAGGCCAUGCUCGGUUCAGACGCGCCCCGGUUAGUCCUCUUCGACAAGACGAGAAACCCAAGCAAUUAGAAACCAAAGUAAAGGUGUCCUCUUUUAAGCCAUUUUGUCCGACACCACAAGUUCAUAGGUUGCCUCCUUUGCCUCAUAAUAAUCAACAGAGUAAAAACAGCGCUGUUUCGGCGGCGAAGACGGGUGUUUCGGAGAGAAAUGAAGGGGCUGGCACGAUUAAUUUAUCAUCAAUGACGGGGGAUACUGAUAGCAUGCAUCAGCCAUCUUUCUCUUCCCAUGUUCCUUCGUCUGGUAAACCUCCACUGUCUUCCUCUUUGAAAAGGAAAUGCAGUUCCAUGGAUGCUGCUGCUCUCAAGUGUGGAUCAUCAUCUGGUCGUUGCCAUUGCUCCAAGAAGAGGAAAUCAAGAGUGAAGAAAGUGAUUAGAGUUCCAGCAAUCAGCAAUAAGACGGCUGAUAUUCCUCCUGAUGAUUAUUCCUGGAGAAAAUAUGGGCAGAAACCAAUCAAGGGUUCUCCUCAUCCAAGGGGAUAUUAUAAGUGUAGCAGCGUCAGAGGUUGCCCUGCGAGGAAACACGUGGAACGAUCGUUAGACGAUCCGAAGAUGCUGAUUGUAACGUAUGAAGGGGAUCACAACCAUAGGCAAAACAUCAGUGAUGCCCCAGCACCUACGAUCCUGGAGUCAUCUUAGUCCCCCAAUCCAACGGCCCUGAAAUGAUGAUCAAAAUCGAAUCAAACACAAGAACACCCAAUCUGUAAAGUUGUAAGAGAUAGUCAAC